GCGAGCACACGAGUUUUCAUGACAUAGUCGCAUGUCUACUGGAUCCACUCGAAUAAUAGAACCCCUUUCCAGUGGGAACCUACUUGAACGGGAUUUAGACUCAUUUCAAAAUAACUUUUUUCUUUUGCUGUUUCACACAAUGGUUUCACGAACAGUCCAGCAGUUGCUGGUGAAGUAGGCGUUACCUCGGAACAUCUGACUCCCUCACUUCUGAGCUCGGCAGGAGAGAGGCUUGGAUGUUUAUUCAUUCCAGCGAGGGGCUGUUGGAGGACGGGCUCUGUACUUUAUGGUUAUGAUUUUGUUUCCCUUGGGCUCCAUUAACAGCUGUAAGAAAACUGGGAGGUGUUUGAAAGAGACGCCUGCUGGAAAAAAAGCCUACUUUAAGUGCAUGUGUCAGAGUCUACAGGACUAGAGAAGCGAGCUAGCGGAGAUCAAUGCUAGUUACAAACUCUACCAAUAACCUGCACGAAAGCUAGCGAUGUUCCAGAAGGGUUGACAAUUGACCUCCGUGUUUCUGACUGCCCGGGAUAGGCAAUAUUAAUAGUAAUAAUAGUAUAGUCUAAUACUUGGCAAACAAGUAAAUCAAGGAUUAUGGGGGAAUUUACAAGGAAAGAAUAAACAUGGCGACAAGUGGGGGACUGCUAUGACUUUGAGGACAUUGUAAAUAAAAAGAACACACACACACACAUAUAUAUACAUCAAGUUCUGGAUGCAAGGCUGUACACCAAGGAGUUUCACAUCUGUAAGUAAAAACUAGCACAGAAGAAUCAGGAUGAAAAGAUGGCAACCUUGUUGUUACCAGCGGGUCCUGACAGCUUGCACCGGUUCACUCGUGAAUCCCUGGCUGCUAUUGAGAACCGCAUCGCCGCGGAGCAGGCCCGGAAUGCCAAGCAGGAGUACCGAGAGGUUCUGGGAGACCAGGAAAAGCCACGGGCACGACCCGACCUCGAAGCCAGCAAGCAGCUGCCGCGCAUAUAUGGGGACAUCCCUUCCCAGCUCAUCGGAGAGCCUCUGGACGAUCUUGACCCUUUUUACAACUGCAAAAAAACAUUUAUAGUACUGAACAAAGGAAAGGCGAUCUUCCGAUUUAAUGGCACAUCUGCACUGUACAUAUUUAGUCCUUUCCAUCCAAUCAGAAGAGCUUCAAUUAAAGUUUUAGUGCAUUCAUUGUUCAGUUUGUUUAUAAUGUGCACUAUUCUGACCAACUGUGUGUUCAUGGCCAUGUCUGAACAAUAUUCCUGGGCCAAGUAUGUUGAGUACACUUUCACUGGCAUUUAUACUUUUGAAUCCCUGAUAAAAAUCCUGGCGAGAGGAUUCUGCAUUGGCCCCUUUACCUUCCUGCGAGACCCGUGGAAUUGGUUGGAUUUCAGUGUUAUUCUCAUGGCAUAUGUUACUGAGUUUGUGGACCUGGGCAAUGUCUCAGCCUUAAGAACGUUCAGAGUACUACGAGCCCUGAAAACUAUCUCUGUCAUUCCAGGCUUGAAAACCAUUGUAGGCGCACUAAUCCAGUCUGUGAAAAAACUGUCCGACGUGAUGAUUCUGACAGUUUUCUGCCUAAGUGUGUUUGCCCUCAUUGGUCUUCAGCUCUUCAUGGGCAACCUUCGUCAGAAGUGUGUCAGAGACUAUGAGAAAUUAAACACUUCCCUCAAUGGCACCUUCUACUGGGGGGACGACUGGCCGUCCUAUGAGGAUUUCAUCGUGAAUGAAACCAACUUCUAUAAGAUAGAAGGAGCCAAGGAUCCCUUACUAUGUGGAAAUGGGUCUGAUGCUGGGAAUUGUCCUGAUGGAUACGUUUGCAUCAAGACAGGAGACAACCCAAAUUACGGCUAUACCAGUUUCGACACCUUCGGCUGGGCUUUUCUUGCUCUGUUUCGCCUCAUGACCCAAGACUACUGGGAAAAUCUUUAUCAACAGACUCUCCGAUCUGCGGGUAAGACCUACAUGAUCUUCUUCGUGCUGGUCAUCUUCUUGGGUUCCUUCUACCUUGUCAACCUGAUCCUGGCAGUGGUGGCGAUGGCUUAUGAGGAGCAGAACCAGGCGAGCAUUGCGGAGGCCUGGCACAAAGAGAAGGAAUUCCAGGAGGCCAUGGAACGGCUGAGAAAGGAACAGCAGGCAAUUGCUAACAUCGCACAGGAGACUCCUGCAGUGUCACCGCUCACCUUGAAAGACACCAAGGGUAGAAAGAAUUCGAAACAAAGGCAGCAGAGUCACUCAGAGGAGAAUGGACAGGGUGGAGAGGAAGAGGAGAGAGCACAGUUAGACUGUGAUGACAACCCACUGAAGACUCACCCGUGCAUUAGCCGGGCGCUCCUCUCUGCCAGCAGAAGGGGAAGCCAUGGAAGUAUCUUUCAUUUCCGCCCCCGAAACAAGGACUCCGAGGCGGAUUUUGCGGAUGAUGAGUACAGUGUGCCGGGGGACAGCGACAGCCGCACAGGUUCACUAUUGGUACCCUGGUCCAGGAGGAAGAACAGCAGCCUAAGCAUUGCCAGCUAUUGCUCUCAAACCAACAUCCCUAGCCUGACCAUCAACGGGAAGUUGAACAUCCAUAUGGAACACAAUGGAGUGGCGUCUUUGGGGCCCCCUUCAUCGCUAACCCUGCCUGCAGUGGUGGUGGAUUUGCCAACGACGGAAGACAACCAGAAAACCUUCCCUGAAAAUGAAUUAAGCAGCAGGCAGAAUACUCACCGGUUGUCCGUGGAUACCUGGGGCGAGACAUUCCAGAGAGAGCGAGCUCUGAGUGCAGCCAGCGUCCUCACCAACGCCAUGGAAGAACUGGAAGAGUCUCAUCAGAAGUGCCACCCCUGCUGGUAUCGCUUUGCACAGAGGUAUCUGAUCUGGGACUGCUGUCCGCUGUGGCUGAGGGUGAAAGAAAUGGUGAAUAUGGUGGUGAUGGACCCCUUUCUCGACCUGGCUAUUACCAUCUGCAUCGUCCUCAACACCCUCUUCAUGGCCCUGGAGCACUACCCAAUGACAGAUGACUUUACCAAAAUGCUGUUUGUGGGUAACCUGGUGUUCACUGGGAUCUUCACUGCGGAGAUGCUGUUUAAAAUCGUUGCCAUGGAUCCCUACGAAUACUUCCAGCAGGGCUGGAACAUCUUUGACAGCAUCAUCGUCUGCCUCAGUCUGAUGGAGCUGGGACUCUCCAAUGUGGAGGGGCUGUCUGUGCUGCGCUCUUUCAGACUGUUACGGGUCUUCAAGCUGGCAAAGUCGUGGCCGACCUUGAACACGCUGAUUAAGAUCAUCGGGAACUCUGUAGGUGCCUUGGGAAACCUGACAUUGGUUCUGGCCAUCAUUGUCUUCAUCUUUGCCGUGGUGGGAAUGCAGCUGUUUGGGAAAAGCUACACUGACUGCGUCUGCAAGAUCAAUAAGGACUGCAAGCUGCCUCGGUGGCACAUGACAGACUUCUUCCACGCCUUCCUUAUCGUUUUCCGUGUCCUGUGCGGAGAGUGGAUUGAAACCAUGUGGGAUUGUAUGCAAGUAGCAGGGGAGCCCCUGUGCCUCAUUGUCUUCAUGCUGGUCAUGGUGAUUGGGAACCUAGUGGUACUGAACCUCUUCCUGGCUUUGCUGCUGAGCUCAUUCAGUGCGGACAAUCUGACGGCCCCCGAUGACGAUGGCGAGAUGAACAAUCUCCAGAUCGCUUUCGCGCGAAUCCACCGCGGCAUUACAUUGCUCAAGAGCGCAGUUUAUGACUUCCUCAGCGGAGACUUCAAGAAGCGAAGGGAAAAGGCCAAGGAGGCCAAUGCCAUGACCGCCCUCAACUACCUGGGCAACCACACGGGAGAGCCUGGCGCCAAGGACUGGAGGGAGGGCAACGGGACCACGGGGGGCAUCGGGCGAGAGAAGUACGUGCUCCCUGACACUGACAACUACAUGACCAACCCCAACCUGUGCAUCAACGUGCCCAUUGCUCCGGGGGAGUCCGACGUGGAGCUCCCUGAAGACGAUGCACAGAGCAUCUACAGCGACAUGGAGCUCAGUAAAGAGAAGCUGGAUGAGAUCAGCCUGUCUGAAGGCAGCACAGUGGACCUGAGGAAGCCUGGGGAGGAUGAGGAAGAUGAUUCAGAACUGGACGAGGAGGCCCUGGACCCAGAGGACUGCUUUUCCCACACGUGCGUACGUCGGUUCCCAUGCUGUGACAUUAACACCACACAGGGAGUCGGCAGGGCCUGGUGGACUCUUCGAAAAACCUGCUUCAGAAUUGUGGAGCACAGCUGGUUUGAAACUUUUAUCAUCUUUAUGAUUCUACUCAGCAGUGGAGCUCUUGCAUUUGAAGAUGUCAACAUAGAAAAAAGAAAAGUGAUAAAAAACGUUCUGGAAUACGCAGAUAAGGUGUUCACCUAUGUGUUCAUUCUUGAAAUGCUCCUGAAAUGGAUAGCGUAUGGCUUUAAGAAGUAUUUCACCAAUGCUUGGUGCUGGCUCGAUUUUGUAAUCGUGGAUGUCUCUUUAAUAAGCCUUGUAGCUAGCACCCUGGGAUACUCGGACUUCGCAGCCAUUAAAUCUCUUAGGACCCUCCGAGCUUUGAGACCAUUAAGAGCCUUGUCCAGAUUCGAAGGCAUGAGGGUGGUGGUGAACGCACUCGUUGGUGCUAUCCCUUCUAUCAUGAACGUGCUGCUGGUCUGUCUGAUCUUCUGGUUGAUUUUUAGCAUAAUGGGGGUGAACUUGUUUGCAGGCAAGUUUGGAAGGUGUGUAAAUAGCACAGACCUAUACAUCUUCAAUGCUUCCGAGAUAAAUAACAAAACUGAAUGCGACGCCUACGGGAACGCCACCUACUGGACCAAAGUAAAAGUGAACUUCGACAAUGUUGGCGCCGGGUACCUGGCCCUCCUGCAAGUUGCAACAUUCAAAGGCUGGAUGGAAAUAAUGUAUGCAGCAGUGGAUUCACGUGGUGUAGAAGACCAGCCAAUUAAGGAAAUCAACCUGUACAUGUACCUUUAUUUCGUAGUCUUCAUCAUCUUUGGGUCUUUCUUCACCUUGAACCUCUUUAUAGGUGUGAUUAUUGACAACUUUAACCAGCAAAAAAGAAAGUUAGGUGGACAGGAUAUUUUUAUGACUGAAGAACAGAAAAAGUACUACAAUGCAAUGAAAAAGCUUGGAUCCAAAAAACCCCAGAAGCCCAUUCCAAGGCCACAGAACAAAUUCCAAGGAUUCAUUUUCGAUAUGGUGUCAAAGCAAGCCUUUGACAUCCUCAUCAUGAUUCUAAUCUGCCUGAACAUGGUCACCAUGAUGGUGGAGACAGAUGAACAGCCUAAACACAUGGAGAGCAUCCUUCACUACAUCAACGUGGCCUUCAUUGUGAUCUUCAGCGGGGAGUGCUGCCUCAAGCUCAUUGCUCUCCGCUGCUACUACUUCACGAUCGGGUGGAACAUCUUCGACUUCGUGGUGGUCAUCCUCUCCAUUGUGGGACUUGUGCUUGCUGACCUUAUAGAAAAGUACUUUGUGUCGCCUACAUUAUUUAGAGUUAUACGACUUGCACGCAUUGGACGUGUCCUUCGACUAAUUCGUGGAGCCAAAGGAAUUAGAACUCUGCUUUUUGCCUUAAUGAUGUCUCUUCCUGCCUUGUUCAACAUUGGUCUUCUCCUUUUCCUUGUCAUGUUCAUCUAUGCCAUUUUCGGCAUGGCUAACUUUGCCUACGUGAAAAAGCACUAUGGGAUUGAUGACAUGUUCAAUUUCGAAACAUUUGGUAACAGCAUGAUCUGUCUUUUCCAAAUCACCACUUCGGCAGGGUGGGACGGCCUCCUCAACCCUAUCUUGAACACUGAACCGGAGUGUGACCCAAAUUUUGAACACCCUGGAAGUACAGUGAGGGGGAACUGCGGGAACCCCUCUGUUGGUAUCUUCUUCUUUGUCAGUUAUAUCAUCAUAUCAUUUCUCAUCGUCGUCAACAUGUACAUAGCUAUCAUCUUGGAAAACUUCAGUGUAGCCACGGAGGAAAGCACGGAGCCUCUGGGCGAGGAUGACUUCGAUAUGUUCUACGAGGUCUGGGAGAAGUUCGAUCCUGAAGCCACACAGUUCAUUGAGUACUGCAAGCUGGCUAACUUUGCGGAUGCCCUGCAGGAGCCGCUGCGGAUCGCCAAGCCCAACAGAAUAAAGCUGAUCUCCAUGGACCUGCCCAUGGUCAGUGGGGAUAAAAUCCACUGCCUGGACAUUCUGUUUGCUUUCACCAAAAGGGUUCUUGGGGAGUCCGGAGAGAUGGAUGCUCUGAAGCAGCAGAUGGAGGAGAAGUUCAUGAUGGCCAAUCCCUCAAAGAUCUCCUAUGAACCCAUCACCACCACGCUCAGACGGAAGCAGGAGGAGAUGUCAGCCAUCAUAAUUCAGAGGGCCUACAGGAGACACCUUCUCCGGCGCUCCAUGAGGCAGGCCUCCUUCCUGUAUCGCCACAGAUCUAGUGAUGGCAACAUUACUGUGGAGAACGCUCCUGAGAAGGAAGGUCUCAUAGCAUCCAUGAUAAAUGAAAACUAUGGCCAUCAGCUGGAAAUGAUGGAGACUAUGUCCUCCACCUCUUCUCCGCCAUCUUAUGACAGUGUCACCAGAGUCGCUAAUGACCCUCUGCAAGUGCUAGUGACUGAUUCUAGAAACACUGGGCUCAACGAACCCUGCACACAUAUUGACAGAGACAGGGAGACAUUUCUGUAACACUGGUUAUGAACUGCUUUAUAUCUUGUUUACCGAAUGUACCAUAACUAAACCAACACUGACUUAGUCUUGUUCUACACUGAGUUACAAAACACAACCGCAGGGUUUAUUAUCCUUAUUAUUAUUAUUAUUAUUAUUAUUAUUAUUAUUAUUAUUAUUAUUAUUUAAAACCUUUUUUUUUGUCAACCACAACCAUACCUUGGCUGGAUAAAUGAAGGGAGCUACCCUUUGACCCUGCUUAUGUUAACUAUGCUUAAUAUUUAUAUGCAUGAAGGACCUGUGCAGGGUCACUACAAAUAUAUCACUGAUGUAAUAAUCAUCUAUUGGGCUGAAAAAAACAAAACAAAUACAAGUUAUUUACAAACAAUGCCUGACUGUAUGCAUUCAUUGAAGGUCUUACUUAUAAUGGUGUGAAUCCUUCUAGAAAUGUAUGACCUUACAUUUUAUAUAUACAUAUAUAUAUAUAUAUAUAUACACAGUUAUGUAGCAAAAUGUAAUACUUGCUGUAUAUGUUAUUAUUGGUCUUUCAUAAAAUCAUCAUUAUAUUUGAUAUUUUUCUACUUAUAGAAAGGUUGUGUCUUUUUCCAUUGGGUAGUGAACCUUGUACUUAUGUAACCAAUGCCACUCAUUGCAUUGUAGCAAAAAAACUAAAAACAAAUGCAGAAAGCAAGAUUCUACAGGUAGUGUAGGAGUAAUUAUCUGUCUGUGUACAGCCCUGGCCAAAUGUUUUGCAUCACCCUAUAGAAUCAACACAUUUUGCUUCACAAAGUCUAUUUAAACCUGCUUAAUAAUGUUACAUUAACAUAUUGAAUUACAUACUGCAUUGUAGUUUUCCAUAAAUCUAACAUGAAAUACUGUACUAAUAUUGUGGCUUCUGGUAGACUUUUGCCAGAUCAUUUUGUAGUUUCUUUGAUUGCAUGAUGUUAAAUAAAAUAUCUAAAUUAUGUUCAGAGAGAGAGAGAGAGAGAGAGAGAGAGAGAGAGAGAGAGAGAGAGAGAGAGAGAGAGAGAUAGUAUUAUGUAUUAUUUUGUAUUAUGUCUCAAUCCUAAAAUUUGAGGUGAUGCAACACAUUUGUCCCUAGCUGUAGGUACAGUACAUGGUGGGUUGGGGUUACUGGGUAAGCUUUACAGUCAAGUGUCUAUGUAUGGUGACGAUCUGCAGGGAAUUCACAUGUGCUGAAUAGCUUUUUGAAGCUGUAAGCAUGACAAUCAAGUCCUGUUUUUCUGUGCUUUGGUGGUGCAGAUUUCUUUUGAAUAGUUAAUGGGUCACAUGUUUAUCCAAUAUGAAAAGGCAUAAAGCCAUGGAUUUACCAUGAUGCAUGCAUGACGUAUGUUUAGUGCGGAUGGGAAGCUUCCAGAGAGACUGCAUGUUAUUACAGCACUCUGAUACAAUAAGCACCUUUUACAGGGCUCUCUGAGAAAUGAUAUGCAUGAUGCUGAAUGAGGAAAACUAUUAGAAUCCAAAGUAGUGAUAUAAACAGGAAAUGUUGUUUGAACUGUUUGUUGAUUUAAAUUUCCAGAAUAAUUAGAGAAAAGAGGAAAAAAUGUCCAUUGUCAAGAGGAUAAUAACACAUUACAUAUAAAUAUAUAUGAUAUGAUAAAGGCUGGUAUUCCAGUCCGACCAAUUAAGCUUUAAAGGUAUGUAUGAUGAAUCCAGGAUGUUAAUGCAAUACUAAUAAUAAUAAAAUAAAAAUGAAGUAACUCCACUUUUGUGGUCAUAAUUCACAAGAGGUGAGUGAAACUUCAUUGACUUCAGGGCUGUCUAAACUAGCAAUAGCUUCAUCAUAUGUUUGUCUUAUCUAUUCCUGCUUUGUCAAGGAUUGACUCUUCAGGUGGUCUGGUAGCCAUUCCUAACAAUUGCAUUUACCAAAAAAAGAAAAACAAAACUUUUGUACAAUGUAUUAUCACUGUUCCAGGUCGACCAUACAGACAUUGUGGAUUAUUUAUAAACCUAUCCCCACAGCUUUCCUUUCUGAUGGAAAGGCCCUUGCAUCAAUAAUUCCCUUUGGUGGAAAGAGUUAUUUAUCACGUUUGAAGAAGGACAAGUGGGGUGAGGUCUUGGGUGAAAACCCUUCUAUACCGAAAUCAUUUCCUUAUGGAACGUGCAGGACACCUCUGUUCGGUUUCAGUUGGUCUUCAUGAUCAAAACCCAUUUAUCUUUUUCCACCACUGGAGAUUCAAAAACACUGCUGUUGAAAAAGUUGAGACUGUCAGAGGCAAUCAAUUUCAAAACCUACAAUUGUGCACAAAUGCACAAAUAUUGAUGCACUGCAGAAUCCUGCAAAAAAAACAAACAUUAUUUCAUUGUUUUCCAACAAACUCUACAGAAAAACAAAUGAAAGUGCAUUGAGCUUGUAAAUACCUGCGCUUUAUCUCUCAGGCUCAACGUGUUCUGUAUGAAAAGCAAACGUCUGCAUGAAACAACACCUCCUACUCUCGGUCACUUAUCAGAUCCAGUGUUUAAACAGAUACAUACAAAUAUCAAACCCAGUGCUUAAACAGAUACAUACAAAUAUCAAAUCCAGUGCUUAAACAGAUACAUACAAAUAUCAAAUCCAGUGCUUAGAUACAUACAAAUAUCAAACCCAGUGCUUAAACAGAUACAUACAAAUAUCAAAUCCAGUGCUUAGAUACAUACAAAUAUCAAAUCCAGUGCUUAAACAGAUUCAUACAAAUAUCAAAUCCAGUGCUUAAACAGAUACAUACAAAUAUCAAAUCCAGUGCUUAGAUACAUACAAAUAUCAAAUCCAGUGCUUAAACAGAUACAUACAAAUAUCAAACCCAGUGCUUAAACAGAUACAUACAAAUAUCAAACCCAGUGCUUAAACAGAUCAACACAAAGCAAGUCAGCAACACAUGUUUAUUUAUUUAUUUAUUUCUGUUGUAUGUAGAAUCAGCACUAAGGCAGUUGAUUUUGAAGGAUAUGCUACAGAAUACUUUAAGCACUUCAUGCAUUAUUGUUUCUAGGCUCCUUUUUGAUGAUUUUCCUUUGCCCAGCAGUAAUGUUAAUACUGCAUUAAGGCCAGGAUUUUAAAAGCUAUCUUAUUUACUGUACUGCUGACAGUAUGUUCUUGGAAUUAAUACAAGUUAGUACAGUUUUGAUAAAGGUUUGGUGUAUUUAACCUGAUGUGUGCUUUGUUGUUUCAAGAUCAAUAGGCUAGUGUAGGUACUGUGAUACACUUUGAAAACAGCCCAUAAAAGAUCAAAUCACUUUAAUAAACUGUAUUGGCUUUUUAAAAGGCAAUCGCAGAGCCCUGGCACAGAACUUGUAAGAACGUGCCAUGCUGUUCACAGGGGACUAGCCCUGGAAGCCUGUACCACUCCCAUUUAAGCACUUCGCUCCUUCACUGAGAGUGGUUUGUUUAUGAGGGUGGAUCCAGGUGUGUUGCUAUUUCAGUUAUCCACCAUACGCAACUAUGUGGCAAUCAAGUGUGGAGCAGCAGUGGCAGCAGUGUGGAGUAGUGGUUAGGGCUCUGGCCUCUUGACCGGAGGGUUGUGGGUUCAAUCCCCGGUCGGGGACACUGCUGUUGUACCCUUGAGCAAGGUACUUUACCUAGAUUGCUCCAGUAAAAACCCUACUGUAUAAAUGGGUAAUUAUAUGUAAAAAAUAAUGUGAUAUCUUGUAACAAUUGUAAGUCGCCCUGGAUAAGGGUGUCUGCUAAGAAAUAAAAAAUAAGAUAAAAAAAAUAAUCAAGUGUAAAAAGUGGUUGGUGUAAGGAUUUGUUCCCAGCUACAGUAGUUGCUCAACAAAGUUCCUUGGAUUGGACUCAUCUUUGUGCACUCUGAAUAAUUGAAGGCAGCCUGGCAUAAACAUCCUGUUUUUUAACAGGUGUCUGCAUUUAGUAUUUCCAGUAACCUUAGACCUGUUAUUGUUAAACAGCGGUUCCAAUGACAUGUGUCAAAAAUAGCAUGCAAACAUAUAAUUCAAAUAAACUUUGCACUAAUAAAAAGCCAAUCAAGAAUAAUCAAAUAAACAGAACUUAGCAAUAUGUUGUAUUAUAAUAGCUACAAUGUGGAAGUCUGUUAUAACCAAUAUCCUGCUAAUAGAAAACCCAAAUUGCAUUUUUUUUAUUAGUAUAUCAGCAUACCUCAAUGUGUCUUCUAAGUAGCGGGACCACUGGGGAGGUCAUCUAAGUAGCAUGUCAAAGCAAACAUCAAACAAAGUGCAAUUAGUAAUAUAAAAGAAUGCUUACAUAUUGCAAAAACAUGUAGGGUUAUGACUGAAGAAUCUAUGCAAGAAAUGGGUUGACUCAAAGACCAUUGACCUUCUGUAUGGUUAGAUGAUUGUGAAACAUAACGCAGUCUGUUCCAAAAGGGCAAAGUGCUCAAAUCUUAAAAACCUUGCAAUUAUAGGCUGCUUGCAAAGUGCUCAAAUCUUAAAAACCUUGCAAUUAUAGGCUGCUUGCAAAGUGCUCAAAUCAUAAAAACCUUGCAAUUCUAGGCUGCUGGUAGAACAUUUUAUGGCACUAUUUAUUUGUUUAUCUUUGUUCAUUGUUUUAUUUUUAUUUUUGGAAGGGGUGAGAGAAAUCAGUGUAAUUCAACGUUGCAAUGAAAGAAAACAUAUGGUCUAUUCACUUGAUCUGAAUGGUUGUGGCUCUAGCGAACAUCAUCCUUAUCAUUAUAUACAGACCCCUACGUGAAGUUUCAGACUGAAACACAAUACAGAGACUCCCAGCACUGUUAGAUUAAUGAUCUCAGUGGUGGGAUUUGGAUCCACUGCUGUUUAUAUCAGUGUGAUGGACACCAUGAUGUUAAUACAUAUCCUUUGUUGUGUCUAAACAUAGAAAAUGAUCCUCGUUUAAGUUCAACGGCAAAUAACACAUGCAAAAAGAUGAUCGACGAGGAUUCAUUUGUGUAUAAUUAAUUUGUAUCUAGUACAUGUGUAAAGAUUUGUAAUAUACUGUAUUCAGAAUGUACAUUUAUUUUUGUGACAAUAGUAAAAUCUACUGUAUAUUAAUUAAUUUAUCCCUCAGAAAAUGGUGCCUCUCAUGUCCUUGCACCACAAACUUGUUUACAAGCAGCUUUUCUAGAAAAGGAUCCGGGACACAAAGCCUUUUUUUUUUUUGGCCCACAACUGGCUUGACAAAUAAAAUAUUUAUGCACUUCAUAUAAAAUACCAAGGUGAUGCAUGUGUGCAGGUCUUUUCUGUAGCCUUUUACUUGAAACUUGACUGUGUCUCGAAUUACUGUGUAUUUACAGAGAAGUUACUUAGUAAAUAUAUGUGUACUUACACAUCAUUACAAUGUUAUUACGUAUAGUUACAAUGCACUUAAUGUGAAAAUCAUUUUGCACAUUCUAUGUAAGUACACAAUUGUAUCAAAAAGGGGUUAGGGUUAGGGCUAUGUUUAGGGUUAGGGUUAUAUCGUGCAAAAAAAUUGACACAUUAAGUACAUUGUAACUAUGCACAAUAACAUUGUGACGAUGUGUAAUAAGCACACAUAAGAAUAUAAGAACAUUAGAAAGGUUACAAACGAGAUGAGGCCAUUCAGCCCAUCUUGCUCAUUUGGUUGUUAGUAGCUUAUUGAGCCCAGAAUCUCAUCAAGCAGCUUCUUGAAGGAUCCCAGGGUGUCAGCUUCAACAACAUUACUGGGGAGUUGGUUCCAGACCCUCACAAUUCUCUAUGUAAAUAAGUGCCUCCUAUUUUCUGUUCUGAAUGCCCCUUUAUCUAAUCUCCAUUUGUGACCCCUGGUCCUUGUUUCUUUUUUCAGGAAAUACACAGCAAUUGGAGACAUUGUCAUGUUCUUUUUUUUAAUUAAGGCCAGGUUGCCUAGCCAACGGUACAUUGCUGUAUAUAAGCCUCCAAUGAUAGAGGGCAGAUUUUGCAUCUUUUUCUGCUGAUAUUUCAUUUCAGUCAGCCAUGGGUCAAACAAGGGCCUUAUUUACACACAUCCUGUCUGCCAAGAUACAGAUACAGUCAGUAUAAAGGGUUAUGAAGUUAGGCAGCUUUGUUUUGUCUUCACAUUCUGCUCGUAUUCAUUUGAAGGUGUUGCCUGUCGGUGGUAUUUACAGACAGGUUUUCUUUAUACAGCUGGUAUAAAACAGGGAACACAUGGUGAUUCUACAGAGCCGUCGUUUUUCCAAGGUAUUGUUUGUGGGGUUUGUUAGGCGGUUAUAAUUCUUACUUCUGCAAGUAAGCCCAAAUCCUAUUCUACAAAGCAACAGGAACAUUUAAAUAAAAGGUGAACCUACUGUACACUCCAUACUGAAAUCUUUUUGAAAUGUGUCCCAUGUUGUAAUGAUAACAAUGUGCAUGUCUAAUUGAGAUUGUUUAGGUUUUGGAUGACUGGGUUCAAAUUGAUAUUACACUAUUAACUCCAACAAUGCGUGCCUGGUUUGAAGAAGCACAUCCUGUAACUAUUUAAGAUACUAGCCUUUUAUAUGA